AUGCGCAUCGCAUGUCAUCAAGCUGCAGCUUGCCUCGUCUCGGACUUUGGAAUCUUCUUCCGCUGUUCAGAUGCCGAUGCAGCAAGGCUCAGCAGAAAUCCAUCCAUCAUGUCGAAACAUAGCUUCAUGGACACCAUCCUCAAUCGGCCCUCUCAGAGGUACACCGAGCCUCAGCAGGCAAAACCUUCCAGAAACGCUCGCUACCAGACCCCUCACGACCUACCCAAUGCGCCCAACAAGCCCGAUUCCAUCCUCGCCGGCACCAUGUUCACCGGUGCAGGUCCCGGCGCGCUUAAUCAAUCCAAUGGCAACAACUACAGCCGCGCACCCUCCGUCAUGUCCGGGAAAAGCAACACCAGUCGAUUCAGCAUCUUUCGCAAGAAGAACCGCGCACCUUCCGUCUCUGGCGGCAGCGUCUACUACGACGGUGCAAGUAGUGUAGCCCCGACAGAUAUAACCUCCACCGCUCGAAAAGGUCGAUGGUGGGAGUCCGGCACGCGCAACACGUACACUUCUCGACCACCCAGCAUCGCAGGUAGCGUCUUUUCCGAGCCCGAAGCCUCUGGUCCACCAGGUUUUCCGCGCAUCUCCGACUCCAUGCACGCCAGCGCACCUGCUCGUGGUGCACGUAGCGACUACGGAGGCGGUAGCUCCAACAGGAAGCGCUAUUCAUCCCAACCUGGCGUGCCUGUCACUUACCAGCCAGCCAGCAAGGCGUCCAUGUCAUCCAUGAAACGCCAGUCCGGCGUCACGCCUCUGGGUCAACAGGCGCCCAACCUCAUGCGCCAGGCUUCCUCCGCCUCCUUAGUCCGAUCUCAAAGCAAUGCCACAUCCAACACCGACCUCAAUCGUCCCGUCAGUCCAGCUGCUUCAAUGGGUCGCCGGCAGAGCCAGACUCGACUUGCGCCCAGCGCCUCCUCCGACUGGAACUCCUUCGUCAAGUCCAUGUCGGGAACAGAGGUCGCAAAAACGUGGGAACAGAUGCCUACUUUGGCUCCCAAACCGCCUCGUACUUCAGAGAAGCGUAGCAGCGUCGUCGCAAACCGUAUCAGAAAGGAGCUCGAACAGGAUGCGCAGUAUCAGCAGGUGCAGCGCGACCCAGGCGUCGUUCAGCAAGACCUGCUUGCUCGUGCUGCCUCUCAAGUCAUCGGCGCCAUGCCGCCUACUCCGGCGUCGCCGCCCUCUGAGGCUCACACAGCUCCGUUGCGCCUUCAGCCUGGUCAAGUCGUGAUGCCCAUCUCGCCUGUCGCGUCCAACUCCUCCCUCAAUGUGGCUCAUUAUCCCUCCUCCAUGGCAUUGCAGGCUUCCACUGCGGUCAACGGCGCAGGCAGUCAGGCUUCUGUCAACGUUCCGCAAAACGUGGCCACGGUGACUGUGGCCCAGUCCCCGCAGCCGCCGCAACAAUACGUGCACCCACAAGCGGUCGCUCACCCGUCCAAUGGUGCAGUCCCAUCCGACCCUUCGCACCAGUCCACCGGUGCCGCACCACCACUUGCGAAACCUCAGCAAGCCAUGCCGGCUUCGAUUCCGACACACCGCGCAUCAGCGUCGCCUCCCUUGCAACAGCAAGCGGCACCCAUUCCAACGCAAACGUAUGCUCCAGUUGCAGUGCCAGCACCUCGCGUCGUGGCUCAAGCACCCACCUCCCCGCCCAGCGUCGCAGCGGUGCUUCCUCCGGCCGCAGAUGGAGCCGUUCCACAGGUCCCUGUGCCGUCGGUCCAACCUUCCGCCCCCGCCGCUACACCAACCACCACCGCCCAGUACCUCGCUGAUCGCGUCAACGAGCAAGAGUCUGCAGGCGAGCAAGCUGAUUCUCGGGAGGUCUCAUCGGAUGAGUCCGAGGACUCCGACGACACGUCUUCAGAAGAGGGUCUCGUCGGCGGCGGUCAACCCACUCUGGACGUUGUUGCAGAGGAGGACGAGGAACUCUCCAGCGUAGGCGGUCACCAAUAUCAUCACGAGAUGCGUUCGCGCCAGUCCGCCAAAGGCAAGGGCCUCAGCCGCAAUUACGGCGAUUAUGAAGCUCGUUUGCACAGCCGACAUGCUUCCGCCACAAGCCAGCAAGAGGAUGUUCGCGAGGGCGAAUUGCCUGUGGCUCCUUCCGGCGUCAGCAUACAAGUGACUGACGCGCGUGAUCUUCCCAUAUCGGCCACCGCCUCGGAGAAGACAGAAAACCCGACCGUCCAUGAGGCGCCUGCUGUCGCGCCGGCAUUGGCGAUGGGUCCACCGCAAUUAGGUGCAACUGACAGACCCAAACUUGUCUCCCGCGCAUCCGAGAUGAGCGAUUAUCAGUCUGCCGCAAGUGACUCAGGCACCGCCACCAAGCAAGAUCGAGAUCAAGACGACGAAGAUGAAGGCGAUGCGGAUGCCGCGGCAUCACUCGCCAGAGCAAAGAUCGGAACCAAGACCUCGAGGGAAAGCAUGUCGACGGACGCAGCUUCCAUCGCACCAUCGCAACGCCAAAGCGUCCGCACAACUCGAUCCUCCAUGCCACCAACAGCCCAGCGGCGUCUUAGUGAGCUCAGCCUCGGAGCGUCCUUUGCCGCCAGCGGCAUCCUUCGACGACCCGAAUCCACUCGCAGACGUACCGGCGGCUCGGAUUCGGGCGCGGACCUCUCCGAUGACGACGCCGAUCUCAGAGCAGAAGCUCUCGCCGAGCAGGAUCGCCUUCGCAAGAUGAACGUCGGCGAAGACUUCUUUGGGCCUUCCCUCUCCACUAUCCUAGACAAGUUUGGUGGCUCCACCUCGAUGGACUCGAGUGUCAGCAAAGUCGAAAGUCGGCACGAGAGGCCUUCCGUCCCUGCAACAUCGGCAUCAGAAAUCCAUGCCGAAGCGCAGCAGGUGAUCAACGAGGUGCGACAGAACCGCGCCGAUGCCACAUCGGAAGGAAAGAAACGUAACAGCACCGACACUGCCGGCAUGGCACCUAGCGUUGCGGCCGUUUGGUUGCUGAAUCAGGCGCAAAGCACCAACGAUUCGUCUCCGGCCCGUGCCAUGUCGGACGAGGCUGGCGACGAGACCAUCACAUCUUCCAUCUUACGUGCUUCGGCUGCCAAUAAUGUUGCAUCUCCUCCCGUCACAGACAGCCCGGAGCGACCCAAGGUGUCGGUGUUGAAUCGACCGCGACCAACGCCAAAGAGGCCGCGUGAGAUGGGCGGUGUGUCUAUCGCUGAAGGCAGACUCGAGUCGGAACCUCCGCUGGAGCCUGUCACAGUUGAAGACACCCGAAGCACCUUACCUAUCUCCGUCUCACAGACGAGCAUGCAGAGCGUGGACGUCAGCACCGGAUCAGUAAACAGCGAUUCAGCAACGCCCACGAAAGCAUCGACACCCAUCGCCAGCAAGGACACACCUUCUCCCUCCAAAUCUGCUCUGAAACCGAAAUCUUCUCGCUCCCUCGCCGAUACGCUCUUCACGCUCUCUUUCCGUUCGCCAUCUAAGGAUAAGAAAGAGAAGAAAGAUAAGAAGAAGAAGGAGAAAGAAGAGAAGAAGGAAAGAAAGGAAAAAGGCAAGCACAGCCGCAAGGUGUCCGUCGACUCUAUCGGUUCCGCCUCCAUCCAGAGCGAGCGCUCGUCGACUGUCGGUUCCGACUCGGCUAUGUCAUCGCCAUCUGCAAAGGUCCUUGGCAAGCAGCGCAUAGCUGACAACGCCAACACAUCAACUGCUCCACCAGCAGCGAUCACUACUCAGCAGCAGAACGGAAUGGUACCCUCGGAGACCGUCAACACUUUUGCCACACCUCCUCAGAGCAUGGCAAACUUGCAAGGGAUGGCUGGUGCGGCCACCUCUCCUGAAAAGUUCCACACCGCCCAUGACCUCAAGGCGUUGGCCGACACGUCCAUCCCAGUGUACCCUACCGAGACGGUGCAAGCACCACUGAUGCCGAACGGUGCGGCGACUGCCGAUGCGCGUCCAGAACAUCAGCGACAACUGUCCCAGCAGAUCAAUUCGAUGGAUGGCUUUGGCUCGUUCGCCUUGCCACAGCUCGAUCAGCGCAAGGCCACUGCUAUGCCAGCUGUCAACGGUACCACCAAGAAGGAGGAGGCUGUCGAGCCUUCUGCCCCUGCGGAUGCGUCACCCGCGCCUUCCCUGUCACAGAACGCUAGCGUCAAUGGCGUCGGAAACGGGAGCAGCUCUGUGCCAACCUUGUCCCAAGCAAGCAUUGCAAGCACUGCCCUGACAUCCCCGGACUCUGAAGCUGCGCCCCAAGCAAUAGCGGCAGAGAGGGAGAUGCCGCAACCAGCUUUGGCUGUCGCGUCCUCUUCACCUCUUGAAGCGUCUGAGAAGAAGCUUCCGAUGCCUCCUCCGCCUCAGCCUGAGGAAGUCAUGGCUCGCACCAUUGAGGACCAGACUCCGACUGGCAAGCCGAUAGCUGCGCCUGGUGUGGGCAUCAACCUCAUUCCUCCCACGCCACCAGCCUUGGAGUCGCGCGACUCGUUCACUUCAUCGCAAGUGCCUGGCACGCCGACCAUCGAGGAAUACGACGAGUACAUUACUCCUCAGCGCCCUUCGCUCAUGUCUAGGUCGUCGAGUCAGCGCACAGCGGUCCGUGCCGACUCGAAGCCCGACGGUGCCAGCGAGGGCUUAUCGCGAUCCAGAUCCAUGGCGCCGGCAAGGAAAGGAAUGUGGACGGAGUACAAGGGCAAAGGUCUCAGUCUGCCACCAGGUUUGGUGGCAACCACGAUCGAUUCCUCAGCCUUGCGUCGUAUGAGCACUCAGGACAAGAAGGCUCCUUCUCAGCCCGUCGCUGCAGCCGCAAGCAGUGCAGCUACGCCCGCUUUGCCAGCUGCGCCUGCCCUCGCUCAGAACGUCGUCACCGCACCGCUGCCUUUGCUGGACUCUCCGGCUCGUCCGGCUCGAUCAACUCCGUCGCCGAGUCCCAAGUCGAGGCGUUCGAGCGGCUCUUUGGGUGGCUCGCCACAAAGAUCUUCACCCGUCCACACGUCCCCGUCCAUGAAUAGGAUCAUGGCGGAUGCUCCCCCCGUGCCUCAGAUCCCUGCCGGUUAUCAAGCACCGGGGUCCGUCUCGAGCUCCCCAUCGCGGCCUUAUGCUUAUAGCGGUGCCACCUCGGAGCACGACUGGGACAGCCGCUCCGCCUCGCCUGCACCUAGUGCCGUGCCUAGUCAGUCUGGUCGUUCCGUCGGCUCGCACGUGUCCUCAAGCGUCCACUCUGCCUCGUAUCGCAGCAGUCCUCGACCCGAGUUCACCUAUGUCAAUCAUCACGAGCUCUCACCCUACGCCAAAAAGAUGCGAUCAUUGUCUCCCAGCCCAGCCAUGCCGACGCUUUCUCAGACCGGCAAUCGACACUCGCUCAUGUCGGCGAUCAACGAAUGGGAAAGUCAGGUCCCCGAGCCGGAAGCACCAGUCGUCGGUCUUUCGCCCUACCCGUCACGACCAGUGUCACCUUCACCGUCGCCGUAUCCAACGCUGCCCGCAUCGACCGUGUCGCGAUCCAGCUCGGUGAUCAGCUCUGUCAGCUCGCCAGCGGUGGUUCGCAAUGCGCCUCUGGGAGCUUCAACGAACCAGUACCUGUCGCCGCCGAUCGCUCGUUCGCGGAUGUCAGCGGACGAGUUGUCGACGGUGAGCGAGUCGGCGAUCGAAUCUCUCAACGCUGGCUCGGUGGUUGGGCGUCCCUCUGGACCGCCGUCGGCGAGCAGCUCGUCUCCGUCAGCUUCGCAGUCGGCACUCAGCCUGUCGAGCACGGUGCAGACGUCGAUGCCGACAGUUCCGACGAGCUACCGACCCAACAAGGACCCGAAACGCUUCUCGACCAAUGCGGACGAUCUGCUCAACAGCCGCACCACCAUGCAGACUGUUGCGGUCACAAGCGGUGCUUUUGCGACGCGCAGCAAGUCGGUGAGGCGCAAGAAGAGCGUCGAUUUGAACGGCAACGAGGUACCUGAGCAUCUGCAGGACGACUUGGCACAGACUACACUUUCGGUCACGGCUCACACUCCUCCACCACGCAAGAUCGGCUCGCACCAAGUGCUUGUGCAAGUCAUCGCCGUCGCUAUCGACGAGAUGGACAAGCUUCUUCUGCGGGAAAAGGUUCGAGCCGAGAACGCGUUCGGGUUCGUACCAGGACGAUCUUUCUGCGGACGAAUCGUGGAAUGCGGUUACGAGGUGAAGAAGAUGCGCAAGGGCGAUGUGGUGUUUGGAUUGCAAGACAGUCGCAAGUCGGGGGCGCUGGCGGAGUUCAUGGUAGUGGAUCACAACCGAAUCUGUCACGCACCCAGCGACUGUUUGACGACGGAACAGAUCGCAGCCCUACCCUCGGCGGGAGUCAUGGCUCAUCAGCUGAUUCAGAACCAUUGCAGUCAGCUGCAGCGCGGGGCUAGGGUCUUGAUCCUCAACGCGCACGAUGGUAUCGGACUGUUGACGAUGCAAGAAUCGGUCGGGUUGGGAUUGGUGAUCGUUGCACAGUGUCCACCGAGCAUCUCGGAUGGUGUCGCAGUGUGUCAGGCGAAUGGAGCGCACGAGGUGGUCAUCGGUGAACCGCUGUGGGCGAUCAACUCGCUGCACGAAUCAUCCUUCGAUCUCAUCGUCGACACCGUCGGCGGCAGAAAGAUCUACGAUGCCAGCAGAAGAAUCCUGGGAACCGACGGUCAGUUCUGCACAUGUUUCGGCGACGAACAUGGUACCACCAACCCGAACCUCCGCUCGCACCUCAGGAGUCUCAGGCGCGCCUUCUUCAAGAAGGACAAGAAGAACAUCGGCUACGAAUGGGUCGGCGUAGACACGGCGGAGGACUGCAAGGAGGCGCUGGAGGCGGUGAAGAGGGCCGCUGAGGGUGGCAACAUCUGUCCGAGGUUGCGGAGUGUCCUGCCGUUCGCGGAUGCGGGGAGGGCGUUUGAUGGCGAGAGGAGGAAUGGGGAUGAUGAGCCGGGAGCGAUUGUGGUUAGGGUGUCGUGA